AAAAAUGUACACACUAUCAGACGUCACAAUCAAGAGGCUUCCGAGGGGAAACACACCUUCCGGAUGGCGAUGAACCAGUUUGGUGACAUGACGAACGACGAGUACAACCAGAAGGUAAACGGCGCACGUCCUGAAAUGGGUGCAAACCGUCGCUACAAGAAUGCGUUCCGAAGAUCAGCCACUUUCAGGCCUCCCCUCUACGUCGACUGGCGCACCAAAGGUUGUGUCACCCCGGUGAAGAACCAGGGUUCGUGUGGGUCAUGUUGGGCCUUUAGCGCCACCGGAGCCCUGGAAGGCCUGCAUGCCAGGAGGACAGGAAACCUGGUCUCCCUCAGCGAACAGAACAUUAUGGACUGCUCCACGUACCUCGGUACCGACGGGUGUGGUGGGGGGUGGAUGCCGCUGGCCUUUGAAUACGUGGCACAGAACAACGGCAUUGACUCAGAGCAAAGUUACCCCUACCAGGCACAGAGUGGACUCCCUUGCCGGUACAGCAGCUGGAAUCGAGCAGCCACCUGCAAUUCCCUUGUGACGAUCCAAAGCGGGGAUGAGGAAGCCCUGGAAGAAGCUAUAGCCAUCUAUGGCCCGGUUUCGGUUGCUGUGGAUGCUGCCAGUAUUCAUUUCCAGUUCUAUUCAUCAGGAAUCUUUUCCCUUCCAAGUUGCGGUGAGACACUGAACCAUGGUGUGCUGGUGGUUGGCUACGGCGUAUCUCAGUACGGCUGGGACAGGCAAAAUUAUUGGAUCGUGAAGAACAGCUGGGGCACAGAAUGGGGAGACAACGGCUACAUCCUAAUCGCAAAAGGAACCAACAACAUCUGCGGCGUUGCAUCAGCAGCAAGCUUCCCAAUUGUGUAACCAGCCAAGGAGUCGGCGUCAUGACAUCUGAUCUUCCACCUUCCGUGUCCUGAAACC